AUUCUUCGCACCUUAAGCUAGCGCGCGUUCUCUUGUGUAGAGGAAAUUUUUGUCUGGGCGGGCAGUUUUUUCCCAACACUGAACGGAGGAGGACGCACGUCGAUCCGCUCCAUCCGUUGUAUACAAAAUCUUCAAAUCUUGGUGCGAACUUUUCAUGGCUUCUCGUGGUGAUCAGUGCCCUCGUGAAGUGCUCUUAUUGUGAAAAUCUCAAAGUGUUGACCCGCGAGACGCGUGAAUUGUGUCCAGGAGUGGACAAGACAGGUUUAUUGGACGUGAAAAUGAGCGAGAGAAUGGAAAGUGACGAGUCCCGUUAAACAGCUUCUUCAUUUUUGUGUUUUGUGGUGUCUUUGCCGUUUGUUUGUGUUGGCUGCAAAUCUCACCGUGUGGUGCGACGACGACCAAAAAGGGCCACAGCGGAAAAAAUGCACCUGUUGGGGCUCGUUGUGCUCACAUUGGCCACCGUUUCUGUGGCGGGGGGCAAGGGGCCUCCGCCACCGGUAAAUAUCCGGAAGUGCUGUCGUCUCGGUGAGCACCUGGAGAAGACGCAGAAAUGUGCUGCUGGGGCAUCACUCAAGUGGGUACCACGGGUAUGGCUUAUUGCCCGAAAUCAACUGCAUCAACCCGUUGGGGAAGCACCCAGGCACUUCCGCAUUCUCGAAAAUACCCAACCAGACACAUGCCAGGAACCCGAAUUUAUCUAUGGGGAAAAUAAAUUCGUCAUCUUCUCAAAUGGCAGCCUCUUCCUGGAUGAUCGAAAUCUCGUUGUGCCCACCGAGACAUACUGCGUGGAACGGGAUUCCGCCCUUGUGUGCCUCCCAGCACACUAUCGUACCUUCCACCACAAUCAACCCUACCUCGCCCAUCCACCCGUUGUGGCGCGAAAAUGCUGCGGUCCCAGUGGGGCAUGGAGUCAGCUCAAUAGUACUUGUGUUUUUCUGGACAAUCGUACCCUCCUGCAGAACUUCCCAUUCGCCAAUUCCACCCACGUGGAACUUCGCUAUGGCUUCCCAGAGUGCAAGAAUAACGACAUCGCAAUCGCCGACCAUUUCCGCUUAGAAAACUUUAUGGAGGAGACGGGGAUGCUGAUCCUGGAGUCUGGGAAACAAUUCCACAGCACUGAAUUCUGCCUCGAGCACACACUCGAUGAGAUAAAUACGUACGUGAGCGUUUUUACCUGCUCCGAGCACUUCAGCCAUCCGAAAACAGCGCCAGUACCAAACAAUGAUAUAAGAUUUCCACUGUAUGCAGCUGGACUCUUUAUUUCCGUUGUAUUCCUCCUGGCGACGCUGCUGGCGAGCUUCCUGGUGCCGUCGAAUCACCAUGUUCUUCAUUGGCGUUGCCAAACGCACUAUGUGGCCUGCCUCCUCGUUGGUGAUCUCCUCUUGGCAAUCACACAGAUUUCUGGAAAUUCAAUCAUUGGCCCAGCUUGUACAAUCAUUGCCAUUUCGAUGCACUUCUUUUUUCUGGCGGCUUUCUUCUGGCUCAACACGAUGUGCUUCAAUAUUUGGUGGACUUUUCGAGACUUCCGUCCCACGACUCUCGAGAGGAGCCAAGAACUGUGUCGAUUGCGUCUCUAUGAAGUGUAUGCAUGGGGUGUACCUCUUCUCUUCUCCGGAGUUGCAGCAAUUCUUGACAAUUUGCCAGAUAGUACAGACGAUGCAUUUUUGAGACCACGGUUUGGCGAAAAGAAAUGCUGGUUCUAUGGUGACGUGGAGAUGCUGACAUACUUCUAUGGUCCAAUCGGUGUUUUACUUUUUGUGAAUAUAAUUCUUUUUGCAUCAACGGCUCGUCAAUUGACGUGUGGAUUAUGGAAGAGAGACGAUGUUAAAUCCACAACAGAGAGAGCUGCUCUGGGGCGAGUUUGUCUGAAAUUAGUGGUCGUCAUGGGAGUCACCUGGAUAGCGGAUGUGAUUUCGUGGGCUGUCGGCGGUCCCAAUUACCUUUGGUACGUGACAGACUUCAUAAAUGCCCUCCAAGGUGUCUUCAUUUUCAUCGUAGUAGGAUGCCAGCCUCAGGUCUGGGCAGCUGUAAAGAGAAUCUGCGGCACAAAAUCCAAUCGGAGUGUGAUGAAUACCACAAAUGGCCCUCAACACUCGAGUUCAUCGCAUGGGCUACCAUCGAUGGGGGAUACAGUAACGAACAAUACUUUUACCAACAAUACCAGCACCACCAAUAAAGUCCCCAUGGAGACUGUUUGCUAAAAUGGAGUGUGCACAUCGAGGAGAUUUCACUGCGUGGAUCUUGUUUCUUUUCUUUUUUAAAGCACCAAUUCCUCGCUGUAAUUUGUUUGUUUUUUUUUCUUUUUAAGUAAAGAAGCUAGUGUUUUGAGAAAAAUUUCAAAGGAAAGCAUGAUGUGUGGACAAAUUUUUCUUAUUUAUAUAAAAUUUAAAUAAUGAAACAUUCGUUAUAUAGUUCUUUCACAUGCGCAACGAGAGUAUUUAUUUGUAAUUUUUUUUGUGAGCGCAAGGAGAAAUUAGUGAGCCAAAGUUUAAUUUAUCUCUUAGUUUGAUAGGAUAAUAUAAAUGAAAGAAAUUGAAAUUUAAUAUCCUUUGGGAUGAUGAUAUAACUAAAUAAGAAUGAGACAAUAAUCCUUUAACAACCGUAUUAAAAUGAAGAAAAAAAUAAGAAAACUCAUGUAUUAUCUUAAGAGAGUUCAUUAAAUAGGUAAAAUGCAAUAAUUUUUGCAAUAAGAAGAAUAUUUUUUCCUACAACUGGGGAAAUGUAAGAAAUUAUAAUUUUUUUCUUGUACAUACAAAAAAAAGAAAAAUUACAAAAGAAUUUUGUUUCUUUAGUUUAUUAUUAAAUUUUGUUUUUUUUUUAUCUCGUUAGUAUAGUGAUCGAAGAAGAGAGUAUUUAACAAGAAAAAAUGCGUCUUGCCUUACAAUGUUUAGGAAAUUUGAGAGAAUAUUUUUUGAAAUUUGAGAUGUCUUUUUGUGGAGAAUACGUUGAAGACUGAUAUUUUUCUCCCCACAUAAUCAUUCAUAAAGCAUGCAUUAAAUAAAAAAAAUGAUAUCACCAGACAAUUCAAUAAUAUACUUAUCGCACAUUUAUCAUAUUUCAUAACAUAAUAACGCAAUGAAUAUUAUAUCACUAAAUUGUAAGCAUUUUUCUCACUAAGCGAGCAAUGAAGUUUUUGAUACACUGACUUUGUACUCUCACAAGAUAAAAAUCAUCCCUAAAAAACAAACUUAUACUCUGUAUCCGUUACCUACAGCGUAAGAUUUUUUACUUAUGUACUAGAGAGAAUGGAAAACAAAAAUCGUUCUAAGAAUUUUUCAGCAUUUUAAAAUAAAACUAAUAAAAAAAAUUAAAGAAAAACAA